GCGCCUAACAGCACACUGUAAAGGGAAACCGGGUGAUUAUAGCAGCUGCGUUCUUAACAAAAUGAUGAGAAUGUAAAAGAUAUUUUCUAUAAAUACUAUUUACCCGCUCCAAUGUUCUCAAAAUAAUGCCAUAGAAUUAUGGAGGAACUAUGUCGAGUUUGCCUUGGACUCUCCGAAAACAUGGUAAACAUUUUCGAAGGAUCAGGAAGUAUUGGGAUUUCCAUAGGACGCAUGAUAUCUGAAGUCACUGGUUAUGGGCUAGAAAAAGGAGACUCAUUUCCAGAUUUCAUUUGUCCGCCCUGCCUGGAAGAUGCCCAAAAUGCAUUCGAUAUUAUAAAAACCUACGAGCGCAGCUACAGGAUCUUUUGUGAAGCUAAGGAUGCGAUCCUGGAGGACGAUGUACCUGAGGAAGAAAGCCUGGAAUCAGACAGGGAUAGUGAUAGAUUGUUUAUUGCCGAGGAGGCACCCAAGGAUAAUGACCGAAUCAAGGAAGCGCCCUUAGAAAAAGGAAGUGAUCAAUCCAAUCAACAAAGAAAAAGUAAUAGAAUUGAAGAUGCCCACUCCAAUAAUAAUACUAACGAUGGUGUUCCCUCCAAGAUCAAGGGCCCUGUAAAAAAAGGAUCCAAAAAACGUGAUAAGAAAGUCAAUGAUACAUCGGGAGAUGAAAGUGAUCAAUCUGAUGAUCAGAUAAAUCACAAUGACACUGGAAAGAACGAUAGCGCUCGAUCAGAGAAGGGCAAUAAGUGUUCCUAUUGUCAAAGAAUAUUCGCGCAUCCAUCAUUGCUCAAGAGACACAUCCGCAUUCACACGGGGGAACGACCGUUCAAGUGUUCACACUGCACGAAGUCCUUUCGGCAGAAUGGUAAUCUUACGUUGCAUUUAAGGACUCAUACGGGGGAAAAACCCUUUAAGUGCACCACCUGCCUGUCAGCAUUUUCAAGUCAAAGUAGGCUCACAGAACACAAAAGAAUUCACACGGGGGAAAACCCCUUCAAGUGCACAAUCUGCAAGAAAGCUUUUUCGAAUGUAUCAAACCUCAACCAACACAAAAAAGUCCACUCGAAAGAACGACCCUUUCAGUGCGAGUCUUGUGAAAUGUCAUUUGUUGAUAUCGAACAUCUAAGGCGACAUACAAGAACCCAUACGGGAGAAAAACCCUACAAAUGUCCUCAUUGCCAGACGCAUUUUAGGAAUUCAGCAAACCUCAUUCGCCAUAGGAAGGUGCAUUUGAAAAAGCAACCUUAAACAUAUUUAUUUUCAAAAAGGCAUAUUAUUAUAAUUGCAUUUCCAACUGGUUUCUGUGUUGACUUAAAACCUGUUUUCGAUAUUACUAAGAUUAUAUUAAAACCUAAAAUUUCAAUUGU